AUGGCCGCACCCCUUAUGGCACCCCCAGGACCUGACAGCUUCAAGAAAUUCACCCCAGAGUCGCUUGCGAACAUCGAGCAGCGCAUCAAUGAAGAGAAGAACAAGAAGCCGCCCAAGCCCAGAUCAGACAGUAGUCACCGUGACACAUCUGACGAAAAUGAGCCCAAGCCAAACAGUGACCUGGAGGCUGGGAAGAGCGUGCCGUUCAUCUACGGUGACGUUCCUAAUGGAAUGUUUUCCACGCCGCUGCAGGAUUUGGACCCCUACUACUUGAACAAGAAAACAUUUAUAGUCAUAAACAAAGGGAAAACAAUCUUCCGCUUCAGUGCCACGCCCUCUGUGUACAUCUUAAGCCCUUUUAAUCUACUAAGGCGAAUAGCUAUUAUGAUUUUGAUACAUUCGUUAUUCAGCAUGAUCAUCAUGUGUACGAUUUUGACCAACUGUAUAUUCAUGACAUUUAGUGAUCCUCCGGAGUGGUCUAAACAAGUAGAGUAUACCUUCACAGGUAUCUAUACGUUUGAGUCACUCACAAAAAUUGUGGCACGAGGCUUCUGUAUAGAUGGGUUCACCUUUCUCAGGGACCCAUGGAACUGGCUGGAUUUCAUGGUCAUCUCAAUGGCAUAUGUAACAGAGUUUGUGGACCUUGGGAAUGUCUCGGCGCUGAGAACGUUCAGGGUUCUCCGAGCAUUGAAAACAAUUUCUGUCAUUCCAGGCUUGAAGACCAUUGUGGGCGCCCUUGUCCAGUCUGUGAAGAAGUUGUCCGACGUGAUGAUCCUGACAGUAUUCUGUCUCGGCGUGUUCGCAUUGAUUGGAUUGCAGCUGUUCAUGGGUAACCUGCGAAACAAAUGUGUAAACUGGCCAAUCAACGUGACUGAGCAAUACCUGCCAAACGGCAGCAGGGGCUUCGACUGGGGCUCGUACGUCAUGGAUAAAAAAAAUUUCUACUUCCUUCACGGUCAGAUCGAUGCUCUAAUAUGUGGAAACAGUUCUGACUCGGGAAAUUGCCCAGAGGGAUUUACAUGUAUGAAAGCUGGAAUGAACCCCAACUACGGCUACACCAGCUUUGACAGCUUUGGAUGGGCUUUCCUCACCCUUUUUCGACUCAUGACCCAGGACUUCUGGGAAAAUCUCUACAUGCUGACUCUGCGAGCUGCAGGGAAGACCUACAUGAUCUUCUUUGUGCUUGUCAUCUUCGUGGGCUCCUUCUACCUGGUGAAUCUCAUCUUGGCUGUGGUGGCCAUGGCAUAUGAGGAGCAGAACCAGGCCACUAUUGAGGAGGCGGAGAAAAAAGAGGAAGAAUUCAAGGCAAUGCUUGAGCAGCUGAAGAGGCAACAGGAGGAAACACAGGCGGCUGCGAUGGCGACAUCUGCAGGCACUGUGUCUGAGGCUGCGUUAGAGGAUGAAGGAGGGGGGCACUUGUCCCGCAGCUCCUCUGAGGUUUCCAAGCUGAGCUCCAAGAGCGCCAAGGAACGUCGCAAUCGCAAAAAGAAAUGGCGUCAGAAAGAGCAAGAGAAAGAGAAGGGAGACAGUGAAAAGGUUGUUAAGUCUGAGUCCGAUGAUGGGAGCAAGAAAAGCAGCAUUCGUUUCCCUGGAAGCCGGCUGGGGAGAAAGACAUCCAUCAUGAACCAGUCACUACUGAGCAUCCCAGGCUCGCCCUUUAUGUCACGCCACAACAGCCGCAGCAGCAUCUUCAGCUUCAAAGGCCGUUCCAAGGACAUGGGCUCAGAGAACGAGUUUGCCGAUGAUGAGCAUAGUACAGUUGAGGAGAGCGAAGACCGUCGGGGCUCCCUGUUUAUCCCUUACCGCCGCAACAGCUAUAGUGGUUUCAGUCAAGGCUCAUCGCGCAUCCACCCACUGGCACCCCACACUGGAGGGAAGAGGAACAGCACAGUGGACUGCAAUGGCGUGGUGUCUCUCAUAGGACCUGGGCCCGGAAGACGGCUUCUGCCUGAGGUGAAAAUAGAUAAGGCAGCCACUGAUGACAGUGUAAGGACGUCCAUGGGACACCAAUACAGUAUAGGCAUGAUGACUACAGACGUGGAGAUUAAGAAGAAGCAGUCUGGCUCUCUCAUGGUCUCUGUGGAUCAGCUCAACUGCUCGUUCAAAGGAAAGGACCGGGCCAACAGUCAGAUGAGUGUGGUCACCAACACACUAUUAGAGGAGUUGGAGGAGUCUCAGAGGAAGUGUCCUCCCUGUUGGUACAAGUUCGCCAACACCUUCCUCAUCUGGGAGUGCUUUCCCAUGUGGCUGAAGAUCAAGCACAUUACCUACUUGAUUGUCAUGGACCCAUUUGUGGACCUGGCCAUCACCAUCUGCAUCGUCCUCAAUACCCUCUUUAUGGCCAUGGAGCACUACCCCAUGACUGAACAGUUUGAGGGGGUUCUGUCCGUUGGUAACCUGGUUUUCACAGGCAUCUUUGCUGCCGAGAUGUUUGCCAAACUGAUUGCCAUGGAUCCCUACUACUACUUCCAAGAAGGCUGGAACUGCUUUGAUGGCUUCAUCGUGACCCUGAGUUUAGUGGAGCUUGGUCUGGCGGAUGUGGAAGGUCUGUCAGUGCUCAGGUCCUUCCGAUUGUUACGAGUCUUCAAAUUGGCCAAAUCGUGGCCCACCCUCAACAUGCUGAUCAAGAUCAUCGGUAACUCUGUGGGAGCUCUGGGUAAUCUGACCCUGGUGCUGGCCAUCAUCGUCUUCAUCUUCGCCGUGGUGGGCAUGCAGCUCUUUGGAAAAAGUUACAAGGACUGUGUGUGUAAGAUCGCGGAGGACUGUAAGCUGCCUCGCUGGCACAUGCAUGACUUCUUCCACUCCUUCCUGAUUGUGUUCAGAGUGUUGUGUGGGGAGUGGAUUGAGACCAUGUGGGACUGUAUGGAGGUGGCAGGACAGACCAUGUGUCUCACUGUCUUCAUGAUGGUCAUGGUCAUCGGAAACCUGGUGGUACUGAACCUGUUCCUGGCCUUGCUGCUGAGUUCAUUCAGUGCCGACAACCUCGCCGCUACGGAUGAUGAUGGGGAGCCCAACAACCUCCAGCUCGCAGUCGCCCGCAUUAAGAUAGGGAUUGCCUGGUUCAAGGUCCACAUGCGCGUCUUUGUGGCCACAGUGCUUAAGAAGCCUAUAGAGGAUGAACAGAAGCCGCUGGAUGACAUGUAUGAAAAGAAGCUAAACUGCAUCGCAAACCACAAUGUGGACAUCAACCGUGAACUGGACUAUGCCAAAAAUGGCAAUGGCACCACCAGUGGCAUUGGAAGUAGCGUGGGGAAGUAUAUGAUUGAUGAGGACUACAUGUCCUUCAUCCAUAACCCCAACCUAACGGUUUGUGUUCCCAUCGCGGUCGGGGAGUCGGACUUCGAAAAUCUGAAUACAGAAGACUUCAGCAGUGAAUCAGACGUGGAGAACAGCAAAGAUGACGACACCAGUUCGUCUGAGGGCAGCACGAUAGACAUCAAGCCUGACGUGGAGGAGGUGGCGGUGGUGGAGGUGGUAGAGGAGUACCUUGACCCAGAUGCCUGCUGGACAGAAGAAUGUAUUGCCAAAUACAAGUGCUGUGAUGUCCCCAUCACUUUCGGCUGGGGGAAACACUGGUGGUUCCUGAGAAAGACCUGCUACCUGAUCGUAGAACACAACUGGUUUGAAUCCCUCAUCAUCUUCAUGAUCCUGCUCAGCAGCGGAGCAUUGGCCUUCGAGGAUGUGUACAUCGAGCAGAGGAAGACGGUCAAAAUCAUUCUGGAGUACGCUGAUCGUGUUUUCACCUACAUCUUCAUUCUGGAGAUGUUGCUCAAAUGGGUGGCCUACGGCUUUGUCAAGUACUUCACUAAUGCCUGGUGUUGGUUGGACUUCUUCAUUGUGGAUGUGUCUAUAGUCAGCCUUAUAGCUAAUGCGUUGGGCUACUCCGAUCUAGGCCCGAUUAAAUCACUAAGGACACUGAGGGCCUUGAGACCCCUCAGGGCCCUGUCACGUUUUGAAGGGAUGAGGGUGGUGGUGAACGCCCUGGUGGGUGCGAUCCCCUCCAUCAUGAACGUGCUGUUGGUCUGUCUCAUCUUCUGGCUCAUCUUUAGCAUCAUGGGCGUCAACCUGUUCGCUGGGAAGUAUUACUUCUGUUUCAAUGACACGGCAGAGGCGUACUUCCACCCCAAUGACGUUAACAACAAAUCAGAGUGUCUUUCCCUCAUGGAAAGGAACUUCACAGAAGUACGAUGGAAAAACGUUAAGAUCAAUUUUGACAAUGUGGGUGCUGGAUACCUGGCGCUCCUGCAAGUGGCAACAUUCAAAGGCUGGAUGGACAUUAUGUACGCAGCAAUAGAUUCUAGAAAGGUUGGGGACCAGCCCCUCUACGAGGACAACCUAUACAUGUACAUCUACUUUGUCAUCUUCAUCAUCUUCGGCUCCUUCUUCACACUGAACCUCUUCAUCGGUGUCAUCAUCGACAACUUCAACCAGCAAAAGAAAAAGUUUGGAGGUCAGGAUAUCUUCAUGACAGAAGAGCAGAAGAAAUACUACAAUGCCAUGAAGAAACUAGGGUCAAAGAAACCACAAAAACCGAUACCCAGGCCUCAGAACAAAAUCCAGGGUUUGGUGUUCGACUUUGUGACACAGCAGGUGUUUGACAUCUCCAUUAUGAUGCUCAUCUGCCUCAACAUGGUCACCAUGAUGGUGGAAACGGACGAUCAGUCCGAUGACACUGAGCUCGUGCUCUACUGGGUCAACUUCAUCUUCAUUGUGGUCUUCACAACCGAGUUUGUACUCAAGCUCUUUGCACUGCGUCACUACUACUUCACCAAUGGCUGGAACAUCUUUGACGUGGUUGUGGUCAUCCUUUCAAUUGUGGGAAUGUUUCUGGCCGACAUAAUCGAGAAGUACUUUGUGUCGCCGACACUGUUCAGGGUGAUUCGUCUGGCUCGUAUUGGCAGAAUCCUGCGUCUCAUCAAGGGCGCCAAGGGAAUCAGAACUCUUCUGUUUGCCCUCAUGAUGUCGCUCCCUGCUUUGUUCAACAUCGGCCUGCUACUUUUCCUGGUUAUGUUUAUCUUCUCCAUCUUCGGAAUGUCCAACUUUGGCUACGUGAGGCACGGGGCUGGAAUCGAUGACAUGUACAACUUCGAGACUUUCGGAAACAGCAUGAUCAUCCUGUUUAUGAUCACCACGUCAGCUGGAUGGGACGGCCUGCUGCUGCCCAUUCUGAACUACCCUCCCGACUGUAACCCUAAAUUAGAGAAUCCUGGUACGCCCAAUACAGGAGACUGUGGGAACCCGUCUGUGGGCAUCUUCUUCUUUGUUAUGUACAUUAUCAUUUCUUUCCUAAUUGUGGUCAACAUGUACAUCGCCAUCAUCCUGGAGAACUUCAGUGUAGCCACAGAGGAGAGUGCCGACCCACUCAGUGAGGACGACUUUGAGACAUUUUAUGAGAUUUGGGAGAAGUUCGACCCCGAUGCCUCUCAGUUCAUCACCUAUUCCAAGCUUUCACACUUUGCCGAUGCACUUGAACACCCGUUGCGAAUCCCCAACCCCAACACCAUUGAACUGAUCGCCAUGGACAUGCCGAUGGUGAGCGGCGACCGCAUCCACUGCCUGGACAUCCUGUUCGCCUUCACCAAGCGCGUGCUAGGUGACAGUGGCGAGCUGGACAUGUUACGACAGCAAAUGGAGGAGCGUUUUGUGGCUGCCAAUCCCUCCAAGGUCUCUUAUGAGCCCAUCACCACCACUCUGAGGCGCAAGCAGGAGGACAUGUCCGCCAGAAUCAUUCAAAGGGCCUACCGCUCCUACCUGGCCAGGCGGGGCUUUAUCUGCAAGCGUAGACCAGCCAAUAACAAAGUAGAGAAUGGCGGAAAGAAUGAAGAACAGGAAAAAAAGGAGAGCACACCUUCCACUGCCUCCCUACCCUCUUAUGAUAGUGUAACCAAACCUGAUAAGGAAAAACAGGAUGACGACAACAACGAGGGCAAGGGGGGUAGGAAAGAGAAGGGAAGAAACCAAAAAGACGUCAGGGAAUCUAAAUGUUAA